AUGGAGACAGUGAUUUCCAAGGCAGCGAUUGCAGCAACCAGUGAAUCAGAAGAUUCUGAGCAAGAAUCAAAUAAAGAAGAAGAGUCAGACAAAGAAGAAGAAGAAUCAGACAGUGACUCAGGAAAGGGUAGUGAGGAUGCAAUACCCUCCUGCCGCAGAUCCCUCCGCUUUCAACCUCCCACCUGCCACUCCUUCAUGUGUUCACUGCCGAUGAAUUACUUCCAGGUCACAGUCCGACAAGUGCGUAACGUUCGGACCCACAACCUGAGUUCCGUCUCAAGAGUUCCCACACACACCUCCCCGCCCUCAGUCUCCCCACACUCCUCUGCCCCUCUCACCAGCGUUGCGCUGGCCUCACGGAGAGCAGGCGACCAUGCACAUGUUCCCAACGCUGGAUGGUUUGCGCUCAGUUACGGUCAUGUUAUGGUCGACAGUUGUCACUCUUCACACCAGCCAUCACAGCCCAAGGAUUCAGUAUUCCUCGCUUAUGGUCUUGGCUCCAAGUACAAAAUACUGCAAAAGUUUCACAAAGAAAUGCUGUCUAAUAGCCAUGUUGUUGUCGUGAACGGCUUCUUCCCGAGUAUCAACAUAAAAGAGAUUGUGGAUAUGAUAGCUCGAGACUUGCUCGGGUUGACCUAUGUGCUGCCAUCCGCACACGCCACAGUUGACUGGAUAGAGAGCCGACGGUGGACGCCUCGCGUGUUCCUGCUUGUACACAACCUGGAUGCAGAAAUGUUGCGCUGCGACAAGACUCAACGCGUCCUGUCUCGACUUGCCAGCCUCCAGAGGGUCCAUCUCGUUGCUUCCGUUGAUCACAUAAACUGUCCGCUCUUGUGGGACCAGGGCAAGCUGAGUGGCUACAACUUCAUGUGGGAGGAUGUGACGACGCUGCUGCCGUACGUGGAGGAGACCAGCUACGAGACGUCUCUGAUGGCGCAGAACAGUGGGACCUUGGCGCUCUCAUCACUGCUCAGUGUGUACCGCUCACUACCCCACAACUCGCGCGGCGUAUUCCGCAUCAUCCUGGAGAAACACCUGGACGCCAACAGCCAGAAAUACACAGGAAUGGCAUUCAGUGAGCUGUACGGCCGGUGUCGGGAAGAGAUGUUGGUGACGAGUGAUCUUGCGCUGCGUACAAUGCUCACAGAGUUCCUCGACCAUCAGAUGGUCAAGUGGCGUAGAGACGAGCACCUGUACAUCCCGACAGACCUCAGCGUACUGCGGCAGUUCCACUCUCAGAUACAGGACAGCUAGCCACAGCAUUAUGGCAUGCUCUGGUAUAAUCAGAAAGCAGUCAAUUUUCUGUAGAUAACGAUCUCAGUUUGCUGGUUUUAUUUAUUUACAUGUACAGUAAUACUUUGCCAGUUUCUGCUGUUUUAAGUGUAUCCUUUAAUUUAUUUAUAGC